UAAAACAAAUACAUCGUCAGUGGUUCAGUGGUAAAAUCCAUCGUUGCCAUUGAUGGGCCUCGCGUUCGAUUCGCGGCUGACGCAAGCAUAUUCACUAUCCAUGCGACUGCCCGGAGCAGUCGAGGCACAAUUGCGCAGGACCAAAUCAGCCGCUUCGGCGUGCGCGUAACUAGAAAUCUAGAUUAUAGUAAAAAUUCAGUACGUAGAUUACAACUAUCAGAUUGGAUUUUGCGAGCACGCUCUGCGCGAGAUGGAAUUUGCGCUGCAAAUUUUCGCCUGUCUGCGAUGCUGGCAAAAAUUUAGACGCGCAAGGGCGUGCCCGUCAGUACUGAUUUUUUACAAAUCUUGGCAAAUCUUGGCAAAUACCUCAGGCAUUUGGUCUCUGUAUUUCUUCUGGAAUAUCUCAGCGCGCAGAGCAACUAGAGAAAAUCCGAAAGAAGAUCUAUAUUCGCUGCGAGGAGAGCAAUGCCUCAACCGUGCUGCAGCUGCGCGCAUUUACGGCGCGUUGUGCGAUAAGGGGUUGAAGUUUUGGGUGAAAUGCUAAAAAAGCCUGUAAUGAGGCCGCUAACCAUGAACCUGUCGUACACCAGCGAAGAGGCAGUGCGUAUAAAGUAGCAACUACCUACCUACCCAACAGUUUAACGUACAAAAGCCUAUUCACGGCUUGCUUGCACACCCCAUUUUUGCAGGCAGUCGGGUGGGUAGGUAGACAAGGUGGGUAGACAAGGAGUCUUAGAUGCUACGCAAGAACCACAUUAACAGCGGCAAGCCACUGGCAUUGACCUAAUACUCUAGCGCUGGCCAAG